AUGGCUACGUACACCGUCCAGCAGGGCGACUACAUGUGGAAGAUCGCCAACGACCACGGCAUCGCCCUCGACGCCCUCAUCGCAGCCAACCCGCAAGUCGCAGAUCCCGCCGUCAUCCAGGUCGGCCAGGUCCUGAACCUGCCUGGCGCGGCGGGCGGAGCUCCUCCCGCUGCUGAUGCUGCUGCUGCUUCCGCCCCUCCGCCGCCCACUGCGUCCGCUGAGCCCGCCGAGGCCUCGCGGGGGGUGGCCAACGUUGCCUCCGCUGUGCCAUCCUUCCAGGGCGGAAGACAGGGCCUGAAGACCGUGGGAUACUUCACAAACUGGGUGAGUCUGCUCUCUAUAUUUGUCUGGCUUCUCCUCUGCUGGGUUGAUAACCAUGUGCUCUAA